CUGCGCCCGCGGCGGGCGCGCACACUCCGCAGCGCCGCGGCUCCGCGCUGCACCGCCGGUAUAAGGAAAUGCUAGAUCUAGUGAUAUCACCCAGCCUGACUGUAAAUAGAGAGUGCCCUGACAGACUGAAGCUUAACCUUUCUCACAUUUAUGCCACGGCUCCAGAUGACAUAGAAGGCAGCAGCAAAGCAGCACCGCAGUGUCCUCUCCAUCUGUACACCACAAAACAUUAUCCCCACAUAGUGACAGUCCCGUCCUUCCCCACGAUGGCAGCCUAUGGACAGGCUCAGUACAGCACGGGAAUCCAGCAGGCUGCUGCCUACACUGCCUAUCCCCCUCCAGGGCAGCCCUACGGAAUCCCCUCCUACAGCAUUAAGACCGAGGACAGCCUGAGCCACUCUCCAGGGCAGAGCGGCUUCCUCAGCUACGGCUCCGGCUUCAGCGCGCCCGCAGCGGGGCAGGCGCCCUACACCUACCAGAUGCACGGCACAACAGGGAUUUACCAGGGAGCCAACGGCCUGACAAAUUCUGCAGGAUUCAGUGCUGUGCAUCAGGAAUACUCCUCGUACCCCAGCUUCCCUCAGAGCCAGUACUCUCAGUAUUACAGCUCGUCCUACAACUCCCCGUACGUGUCUGCCAACAGCAUCAGCCCCUCGGCCAUCCCCACCUCCACCUACUCCCUGCAGGAGUCCUCCCACAACAUCACCAGCCAGAGCACAGAAUCUCUCUCUGGGGAAUAUUCAACAACACCAGCAAAGGAUGUAGAGACAGACAGACAUCACAGAGGGUCGGAUGGCAAGGUACGAGCCCGGUCAAAAAGAAGCAACGAUCCUUCCCCUACUGCUGACAGUGAGAUUGAGCGUGUGUUUGUGUGGGAUUUGGAUGAGACGAUAAUUAUUUUUCACUCCUUACUCACGGGAACCUUUGCAUCCAGAUAUGGGAAGGACACCACAACCUCUGUGAGGAUAGGUCUCAUGAUGGAAGAAAUGAUCUUCAACCUUGCAGAUACACAUCUGUUCUUCAAUGACCUGGAGGACUGUGACCAGAUCCAUAUAGAUGAUGUCUCAUCAGAUGAUAAUGGUCAGGAUCUAAGCACGUACAACUUCUCUGCAGAUGGCUUCCACAGCUCCAGUGCCAGCGCCAGCCUGUGCCUGGGCUCGGGCGUGCACGGCGGCGUGGACUGGAUGCGGAAAUUGGCGUUCCGCUACCGCCGGGUCAAAGAGAUGUACAACACCUACAAGAACAAUGUGGGGGGUUUGAUAGGAGCUCCUAAGAGGGAGACCUGGCUGCAGCUGAGAGCAGAGCUGGAGGCUCUGACUGAUCUCUGGCUCACCCAUGCUCUGAAGGCCCUGAAUUUGAUACAUUCCAGGCCCAACUGUGUGAAUGUGUUGGUCACCACAACUCAGCUGAUACCAGCUCUGGCUAAAGUGCUUCUCUAUGGGCUGGGCACUGUCUUCCCCAUUGAAAACAUUUACAGUGCAACAAAAACAGGGAAAGAGAGCUGUUUUGAAAGAAUAAUGCAGAGGUUUGGAAGGAAAGCUGUGUACAUUGUAAUAGGAGAUGGUGUUGAAGAGGAACAGGGAGCAAAAAAGCACAACAUGCCCUUCUGGAGGAUCUCCUGUCACGCUGACCUGGAAGCUCUUCGGCACGCCUUGGAACUUGAAUAUUUGUAGCAGACCCCAACAUCUGACACUGGGAGGGCUUCACUCAGACUCUGACAUCGGUUCCAGCUAUUCCUCAAUUUUUUUUAGUAAGAAAAAAAAUCCCACAGCAACUGCAGUUUUUCUUUUUUUUGAAGGAGAACCCUUUGAGUGGAAGCCUUUAAGAACUUGCAGCCAAAGAAUAUUUCCUCCUUGCUUUGGACAGAGGAAAAUGCUCCUGUUCAGUCACUGGGAUGCUGCAGUUGCUGGCUGAGGUGGAGGCACAGAGCUCCAAUGGCCUUUUUGCCAUCAGCAAGGCAAAUGCUACAAGUCUGGGUCUCCCUGUCAGCAUCCUUGGUUUUCAGAGGGGAAGAGGACACAGCAAGGAGUCUCUGCACAAUCCAUCACAUCACACAGGACCUUCUGAAAAUAGGAGUGAAACUGUUGAUUUCUUUUUUUUUUUUUUGGUUGUUUUGUUUCUUUUUUUUUUUUUGUAUUUUUUUAAUUUAUGAACUAAUCUCAUUACUCUGGUAUUAAGCUCUGUACCUGUUUUUCAUCUGGCUUUUGGGGGUUGGGAGGGGUGGGGAAAGUCUUACUGUUCUAAAUUAAUAGUUCAUUUCUCCAGAACAAACUCUGGGGAGAAUCAUAUUGUGUACAUGAGUAGAAAGGACACCUGGUACUGCUGGUAAGAACUGUGGCUGUGGUUUUGAACCUCACCAAGAGGGUACAUGGACUGUGCCUGUGCCUACACGGUGCCUUAUGCUGCCUUCUUGGGGCUGAGGAGGGGGGAAAGUACCUUGUGAUGAGUGAAAGGCAUUAAAUAAACACAUGUUUACAUUUUGGGGGACUGGAGUACCUGCCUUCUCUCCCAGCACUCUUGGAUCUAAAGGUAGCAGGUGGCAUGUGUGCUCCAUGUUUCAAGGCUGGCCUGGUAUUGUUGCUGUCAAAAUAUUUAAAUUCUCUGGGCCUGGGUGGAUCCCUUAGUUUGAAAAUGGCUGAUUGUUCCUUGCUGUGGCACCA